GGGCUAGCUGCUGCUCGGUUGUCGUUAUGUGACUGUUCACUUUGCUUUAGCGUUGGUUAGAAUAACCUACAUGUUUAGACGUUGCUCUAAAUUGGCAAUCUUUACCUAGAUAUAUCUGUAUUAGAUUACACAUAUACGUGGGAUAUAUACGUGCACCGUAGCAACUGCGCACUAUUUCCCACACUACAGGUUGACUGGUCACUAAGGUCCAUGCAUUCCAACUGCAAAGGACUCUGGGAGAGUUGCAGAGAACCCAGUUUCAAUCAGGAGCAACUGUAGCUGCUGUGAGGUAUCCAUGGGGACCAGGAGGGUGCUGGUGACAGGCUGUUCCUCUGGGAUCGGGAUGGCUGUGGCUGUACGACUGGCCAAGGAGAAGGGAUUCAAAGUGGUUGCCACCAUGAGGGACCUAGAGAAGCGGGAACCCCUGGAGAGAGUGGCUGGGGACACCCUGAACAGAUCCCUGGAGAUCAGACAGCUGGAUGCCUGCUGUGAAGACUCCAUCAGAGAGUGUGUGGACAGCCUGCAAGACAGACGGGUGGAUGUACUCGUGAGUAACGCAGGUGUAGGCAUGAUUGGGCCGUUGGAGUGCCAUAGUGUGUCUGACAUGCAGGGGCUCUUCGACACCAACUUCUUUGGCUUGGUGCGGCUGGUGAAGGAGGUCCUGCCUGAUAUGAAGCGACGUCGAAGCGGACAUAUUGUGGUGAUGAGCAGCAUCAUGGGCAUUCAGGGGCUACUCUUCAAUGAUGUCUACUCUGCUUCAAAAUUUGCUGUGGAGGGGUUCUGUGAGAGUCUAGCAGUACAAGCCAUGAAGUUCAGUGUGAAGAUGACUCUAGUGGAGCCUGGUCCGGUGGGGACAGAGUUUGAGAGGAAGGUGUACGAGGACGCUGAGAAGAUGGACCUCGCGGGGGCGGACGAGGAGACUGCUAGGAUCUUCCGUGAGAUCUACCUGCCCUACUCUAGGAAGGUGUUCAACACUCUCGCACAGACACCUGAGGAAAUAGCAGAGCAAACACUUCAACUGAUCACAGUGAAGGAGCCUCCGUUUCGCCACCAGACCAACCGUGUGUACAUGCCCAUGACUGCCCUGAAGCACGCAGACCCUACCGGUCGUCUACCCCUAGACACCUUUUAUAAGCUGCUAUUCAAGCACGACAGUCUAUUCACUGCCAGUCUGGGGCUGCUGCGCAUGUUGCAGAAGAGGACGGGGAAGAGCUCCAAUUGAGCAGAAGGUUGGAGAGAGAGUGAAUAACCUGGUGAGGAGAGAUAGGGGGAUAGAGAGAGCAGAAGGUUGGAGAGACAGAGUGAAUAACCUGGUGAGGAGAGAUAGGGGGAUAGAGAGAGCAGAAGGUUGGAGAGAGAGUGAAUAACCUGGUGAGGAGAGAUAGGGGGAUAGAGAGAGCAGAAGGUUGGAGAGAGAGUGAAUAACCUGAUGAGGAGAGAUAGGGGGAUAGAGAGAGCAGAAGGUUGGAGAGACAGUGAAUAACCUGGUGAGGAGAGAUAGGGGGAUAGAGAGAGCAGAAGGUUGGAGAGAGAGUGAAUAACCUGGUGAGGAGAGAUAGGGGGAUAGAGAGAGCAGAAGGUUGGAGAGACAGAGUG